GUCCCCUCCUUUGAGGGGAAUACCGCGUCAGAGACAGCAGAUUUAAAGAGCGACUCCAGAGUUAUUCCAAAUGGAAAAGUAGGCCCCGCUGACCUCGAGGAAGCAGUAGAAGUGAAAGAGAUCCGGGAGAAUAAAGCUCCCAGUAACCCCGAACCACCGGCCAAGCCUCCCAGGUCUCCAGAGGUGAAGGAUGCUGAGGAACUCCCAACAGGAGCUGGUGUAGAGCUGUCUGAUCUGACUUUGUCCAUAAUGGCGGGUAAAUCCAACUGUCCCUGUUGUCCCAAUCUAGAAGAGCCAAAGCCACUCCUCCUCCAGACGCACGAUUUGGAGAGAACUGUGGCCCCCGCUGAGGAGCUGUGGUGCUCCACCAGAGACCAUGCAGUACGGCUCAGGAUGGAGGGCUCGGGCCCAGGCUCAGAGCAUCCCGUCACCAUCCAUCAGCAUUUCCUGGAGACGGUGGAAAGGUGUGGGGAGCUCCCGGCGUUGGUCUACAAAGAAGAUGGCCAGACGAUGACUUUGACCUGGAGACAAUACUAUGGAAAGUGUCGUGCGGCAGCCAAAAGUUUCCUUAAGCUGGGGCUGGAGCGUUUCCACGGUGUCGGCAUUCUGGGAUUCAACUCUCCUGAGUGGUUCAUCUCAGACGUGGGCUGCAUCCUUGCCGGGGGUCUGGCAACUGGUAUUUACACGACCAACUCCCCGGAGGCCUGUCAGUACGUAGCUGCCAACUGUGAGGCCAACGUCCUGGUGGUGGAGAACCAGAAGCAGCUCGACAAAAUCCUGCAGGUCAAAGAUCAUUUACCUCAUCUGAAAGCCAUCGUCCAGUACAAAGGCGAGCUGCAGCAGAAGGCGCCAUUCCUGUACACCUGGGAAGAGUUCAUGAAGGUUGGGGAGGACGUGCCCGACGAGCAGCUGAAUGCCGUGAUUGAAAGUCAUCGGGCCAAUGAGUGCUGCACCCUCAUCUAUACCUCCGGAACCACUGGCAACCCCAAAGGAGUCAUGCUGAGCCACGACAACGUGGGUAACAAUAUAACAUGGACGGCCCGAACGGCAUCUUCCAUGAUAAACGCGGACUAUGGGGUGGAGGUCCUGGUCAGUUACCUGCCCCUGAGUCACGUGGCGGCCCAGUUAAUCGACAUUUGGAUUUCCAUGAGUCUUGGAGGAAUCACCUACUUUGCUGAUCCAGAUGCCCUCAAGGGCUCCUUAGUAAACACGUUAAAAGAAGCUCGUCCGACUCUUUUCCUGGGGGUUCCUCGAGUCUGGGAGAAGAUGCAGGAGAGCAUGAAAGCCGUUGGUGCCAAGGCAUCCCCACUGAGAAAGAGAGUGGCAGACUGGGCAAAAUCCAUUGGCCUACAGUAUAGCUAUAGUUGCAUGGAAGGGGAGAAUUCGGUGCCUUGGGGUUUCAUGCUGGCCAACAAUCUGGUCUUCAAGAAGGUGCGUGCUGCCCUGGGUUUGGAUCGUUGCAGGCUGUGCUGCACAGGAGCGGCCCCGAUCACAAAAGAAACCCUGGAGUACUUCAUGAGCCUGAACAUCCCCGUGAUGGAGCUCUACGGCAUGAGUGAAAGCUCUGGUCCACACACAGUGUCCAUCAAUGAGUAUCGCAUCACGAGCUGUGGAAAGGUGAUGCCAGGCUGCAAGACAAAACUGGAGAAUCCAGAUAAGGAUGGGAACGGGGAGAUCUGCUUCUGGGGUCGUAACGUUUUCAUGGGCUACCUGAACAUGAGUGACAAAACAACAGAGGCUGUUGAUGAGCAAGGCUGGCUGCACUCUGGAGAUCUGGGACGAAACGAUGAGGAGGGGUUCCUGUACAUCACAGGAAGGAUCAAAGAACUCAUCAUCACUGCUGGUGGCGAGAACAUCCCUCCCGUUCCCAUCGAGGACGCGGUGAAGAACGAGCUGCCCUUUAUCAGCAACACCAUGCUGAUCGGAGACAAGCUCAAGUUCCUGUCCAUGAUGCUCACGAUAAAAUGUGUAAUGGACGAGAACGGAGAUCCAACAGAUGAUCUGAGUGCCGAGGCUUUGGAGUUCUGCCAGCGAAAUGGCGUCACAGCCACCAAGGUGUCCGAGAUCAUAGCCAAUAAGGAGCCCCUCGUCUACAACGCCAUCCAGAAAGGCAUCGAGCGCGUCAACGCCAAAUCAACGUCCAACGCGCAGAAGGUCCAGAAGUGGAUCUUACUGGAGAAAGACUUCUCCAUCGGUGGAGGAGAACUGGGCCCCACCUUGAAACUGCGGAGGCCCAUUGUUGUGAAGAUGUACCAGGAGAAAAUAAAUGAAAUGUACAAAGUGGCUGCAGAAAAGCAGUGA